UUUAUCGGUUCCCAUUUCUUCUUCAAACCCUUCAAGACUUUCUUCCAUUCCAUACCGGUGAGAAUCCGAGAGCGACUGUUCAUAAACCUAGCCAUUGGCAGGUGAACAAUAAAGCUUCAAAAAGGCUUCUCCAUGUCUCUUCCCUGCCAUUGUUGAGUUUAGCUGACUGGUUUGAGGAGGUUUGUUUUGGUGAAGAAGAAGCUUUGUGGAUGGAGAUAUCAUCUAUGAUGGGGUUUUCUGAGAUGGGAAUGGAGGAUAGUGGCUUUGUCAAUCAGUGGCACAAGAGCUCUAUAGAUGAGAUUAGCACACUCCCAUUAGCAGCAGCUUUUGGGCAGAAUUUGCAGCAUUCUUAUGCUCAUACAAACCUUGACCAGAAGGCUUCUUCAAACCAUUCUCAAAAUGCCAUAUUUGGGUAUGCGAAACAUCUCAGUUCAUACCAAACAGCUAAUCAUUCGCCAAACGCACACGUCGUUGCAUAUCCGACCAUGUCUGUUUCGGCUUCGAACUACACGAAUCAAAUGGACUUCACAAGGCCAAAAGAGGAGGUUGUGUGUCCUCAGAGUAUCAGCAACAUCCCUUCUGAUAUGUUGAUUUCUCAGGGCUCAUUAUGUCACCAAAGCCAUUUAACCAAGUCCGACCGUGGAGCGAAAAGAACUGCUAUCAAAAGUAGACUCCCCCCGGCUCAAGAUCACAUUCUUGCAGAGCGGAAACGGCGAGAGAAGCUCAGCCAGCGGUUUAUUGCCUUGUCUGCUAUCGUUCCUGGUCUUAAGAAGAUGGACAAGGCUUCUGUUCUUGGAGAUGCCAUCAAGUACCUGAAACAACUGCAGGAGAAAGUGAAGAUACUAGAGGAACAAACUCGAAGGAAAGACAUUGAAUCCGUGGUAUUCAUCAAGAAAUCCCGAGUUUUCGGUGAUGGAAACAACACAUCGAAAAUGGAGGAUGAGCCACUUCCCGAGAUCGAAGCCAGAUCUUGCGACAAGAACAUCCUUAUAAGAAUACACUGUGUGAAAAACAAAGAUGUCAUAGAGAAGACCAUUGCUGAAAUUGAAAAGUUGCAUCUAACUAUAGUCAACAGCAGUGUUAUGUCAUUUGGGAGUCUUGCUCUCGACAUAACCAUUAUCGCUCAGAUGGAUAACGAAUUCCGUUUGUCGCUAAAGGAUCUCGUGAAGAACUUGCAGUCGACUCUCCGUUCGUUCCAAUGAGAAGAUAGAAGAAUGUUUUCAGAUCUUCCUUAGCCUUCAAACAAAAUAAGAACAGUCAGUUCCAAGUCUAAGCCCAUCCCUUAUGUUUACAGGUCCGUGAUGUUCCAACAAAUUUAGACCAAUACCCUUAAAAGGAAGCCAGUUGUGAGAUUCACAUUGCAGGUGGGGGUUUUUUUCUGUCAUUUUUGUGUCCUGUUUGGAGGUUUUUUAGCCAUUGAGGGUUCCCAGAAAGCAGCCAACUCUGUGGUUUCUUCUCCUUGCAUUACAUGGAACUGAUAUGAGAAAGGGAACUUGGUUUUUUGAAGUUUGUAGAACAGAAUAGGCCUUUGUGUUAUGUUUUUUAACAGUUUAUUACUGUUUGUUUGCUGUUUUUUGAGGCUUCCAUGACAUUGUUUCAGCCUCUUUUUACACUCACUUUGCUUUGUAAUUUCUUGAUUGGAAGUGAUGAAAUAGUAAAAAAGAAUACUCUUU